AUGAUGGAGUCGGAGUUGCUGUUGCGUGAAAACACAAAUGAUAUGAGAUUCAUAUGAACGGUGGACGUUGGAUUCCUUAUCGCCAUUCUCUCUCUCCCUCUCUCUCUGCUGUUUUCUGUAAAUAUCAGCAGACAAGCCUUCCGAGCAUUUUUCCGAGCUAGAGAGUACUAGUCCACUGUUAUUCACAUUGCGACAUCAGCAGCUGCUCCAAUUACGGAACAUUAGAUUCCCUUUUCUUCGGGUGCCCACCCACCCUCUCUCUCUCUCUCUCUCUCUCUCACCUCUCUCAUUCCUGGGUCUUCCGUGAAACGCAGCGGGUGAGCUCUCGAUCUCAUCAAGCUUUCAUCUUUUGAUUGGGGGCCAUCUCUCUUUCGCUUUUUCCCUUGAUUGGUGUCUCUGUCGUCGUCGUCGUCUCCGUCGUCUCGGUGAAGCGGGUUAAAGUUUCCGCCUUUUAUCUGAGAAUCGGACGAGUUAGCAUUUUUGUUGUGAUCACUUUCGGAGGAAGAGGACUGGGUUUUAGUUUGUUGGAGAUUUAGAGAGGACGCACAGCAUUUUGGGGGCGGCUGAGUUGUUGGUUUUUUUUUUUUUAUCUCUGUGUUGAUUGGGAUUCAGCACGCGCUGGAGGGUGAGUUGUGUCUGACGAUGGAGAAGCCGGAGAACUCGAGGGAGAAAGAGAGAGAGGGUAAGGGGAUACAAAUGGAAAAGCAGAAGAGCUUCGGCAGAGGGAUAGAAAUGGAAAAGCAGAGGAGCUUCGGCAGAGGGUUGAUGGAGAAGCAGAAGAGCUUCCGGAUUGCCAUGGAGAGACAGCUCAGCUUCAUCUCCUCCGACAAGAAGAAGCCCAAGGAGUCGCCCGGCAAGCGCGGCGAUUCCCCUCUCCAUUUGGCGGCUCGGGCUGGCAACACCGGCAAGGUGAGGGAGCUCCUUCAAAAUUGCGGUGCCAAUGAACCCAAAAGCUUGCUGUCGAAGCUGAACCUGGAGGGCGAGACCCCGCUUUAUGCCGCGGCGGAGAACGGGCACGUCUCGGCGGUGGCGGAGUUACUGGAGCAUUCCAAUCUCGAGAGUGCAUCCAUUGCGGCUAGGAAUGGAUUUGAUGCUUUCCAUAUCGCUGCGAAGCAGGGCCAUUUGGAGGUGUUGAAGGAACUACUGCGUGUAUUUCCCAACUUGGCAAUGACCACGGACACUUCUUGCACAACUGCUUUACACACUGCUGCUGGUCAGGGUCACACGAAUGUGGUGAAUCUCCUAUUAGAAACCGAUUCAAACCUCAUCAAAAUUGCUCGGAACAAUGGUAAAAGUGUGCUGCACACCGCUGCUAGGAUGGGUCACUUGGAAGUGGUAAGGUCCCUGUCAAACAAGGACCCAAGCAGUGGCUUUAGGACAGACAAAAAAGGCCAAACUGCGCUGCACAUGGCUGUGAAAGGGCAAAAUGAGGAGAUCGUCCUUGAAUUGAUAAAACCCAAUCCCUCGGUUUUGAGUUCAGAGGAUAAUAAAGGAAAUACACCACUGCACAUUGCCACAAGGAAGGGUCGCAUUCAGAUCGUGCGGUGCUUACUAUCAAUCGAAGGCAUCAACCUAAAUCCAAUCAACAAGGCUGGGGAGACCCCACUCGAUAUCGCAGAGAAAUUCGGAACUCCCGAACUCGUCUCUCUGCUAACAGAAGUAGGUGCCUCCCAUUCCAAAGACUAUGGAAAACCUCCGAAUGCUGCAAAGCAACUUAAGCAGACAGUUAGUGACAUUAAGCAUGAUGUCCAAUCUCAACUCCAGCAGACACGUCAAACCGGUGUUAAGGUCCAGAAGAGCAAAAGGCUGAAGAAACUACACAUUAGUGGCCUCAACAAUGCCAUUAACUCAGCCACUGUGGUUGCUGUUCUAAUUGCUACCGUAGCCUUUGCUGCCAUAUUCACUGUACCCGGUCAAUACAUCCAGGAAAAAACCAAAGGUUCCUCCGUGGGUGAAGCCAAUAUCGCCAAAAAGACACCUUUCGUUAUCUUCUUUAUCUCUGACAGCUUGGCCUUGUUUAUCUCCCUGGCCGUCGUCGUGGUUCAAACAUCGGUGGUGGUGAUUGAGGAGAAAGCAAAGCGGCAGCUUGUGUUUGUGAUUAACAAGCUCAUGUGGCUUGCAUGUCUUUUCAUCUCCAUUGCAUUCAUCUCUCUCAGUUACGUUGUAGUGGGUUCAAGUCAAAGGUGGCUCGCCGUAUGUGCGACCUUGAUCGGGAGCUCCAUCAUGCUUACAACAAUUGGGUCCAUGUGCUAUUGUGUCGUUAUGCAUAGACUGGAGGAGAAAAAGUUGAGGAACAUAAGCCGCUCUUACUCCAUGUCCAUGGCUUCUGAACCUGAUAUACUCAACAGUGGAAACAAGAGGAUGUAUGCGCUGUGAGGUCGACAUUUUAGCACGUGCAGAGGCCUAUCAUAUUAGACAUGGAUAUUAAGUAGAUGCAUAUGGUGUAUGGAUUAAUCAUGUGAGGAUAAUGUAAGCUGCUGUGCAAGUUAAGUCUACUGUUGUAUGAUGAUGAUAGGAAACUACCGUGGUGAUUGCGAGAUGCGCGGGAGACACAGACCGAAAGAAAUAUUGUUCUGUGAGGCAAUGACAUGGAAUUGAAAGCUCAAUAUGGAGUCAUUCAUUUUAAGCUGGCUCUGUAUGUGCAGCGCUAUGUACAGUUGCCUUCAAUAGAGCGCUUCAUCUGUGUUC